AUGGCGGCGAACGGACCCGGCACCAAGCCCGGCUCUGGUGUGGCUAAAACAUCGGUGGAACUGGACUUCAGGUCCGGGGCUAGGAUCGAAGACUUGAACCGGCUGAUCCGGGAGUUCAGCCGGCAGGAUCAGCGCGAGUAUGACGAUCACCGAGCCCUGGAAAUCCACACCGCCAAGGAUUUCAUCUUUUCCAUGUUGGGCAUGGUGCAGAAGUUGGACCAGAAGCUUCCAGUUGCCAAUGAGUACCUAUUGCUGUCUGGUGGAGUCCGUGAGGGUGUGGUGGACAUGGACCUUGAGGAGCUUAGCGUCUACGUCCGGGGGACAGACUAUGAUAUGGACUUCACUCUUCUGGUCCCGGCCCUCAAACUGCACGACCGGAACCAGCCGGUCACCCUGGACAUGCGCCACUCUGCGCUCUGCCACUCUUGGCUGAGUCUCCGGCUUUUUGACGAAGGGACCAUCAACAAGUGGAAAGAUUGCUGCACCAUUGUGGACCACAUCAACGGAGGCACCAACUAUUUCUUCUCCCCCACCCGCGUGGCAGACUGGUUUCAUGACGCCAUCACCGUGGUGCUCGCUGAGAUCCAGAAGAAGCCUCAGCGCGGGAUGCCGAAGGUUGAGAAAGUGGAGAGGAACGGCAUGGUGAUCUCCAUCGUCCUGGCCGUGGGCUCGAGCCGCAUGCUGUACGAUGUUAUCCCCGUGGUCUCGUUCAAGGGCUGGCCCGCUGUGGCACAGAGCUGGCUGAUGGAGAACCACUUCUGGGAUGGCAAGAUCACCGAGGAGGAGGUGAUCAGUGGUUUCUACCUGGUGCCAGCCUCAUCUCUCAACGGGAAACGGGAGAACGAGUGGCGCUUAUCCUUCGCACGAAGUGAGGUGCAGCUGAAGAAAUGCAUCUCCAGUAGCCUCAUGCAAGCCUACCAGGCAUGCAAGGCCAUCAUCAUGAAGCUCUUGUCCAGGUCCAAGGCCAUCAGCCCAUACCACUUGCGGAGUAUGAUGCUCUGGGCGUGUGAUCGACUGCCCGCUACCUUCCUGGCCCAGGAGGAGUACGCUGCGGACUUCCUGCUCGGCCUGAUUGAUGACCUUCAGCACUGCCUGCUCAACCGCUCCUGCCCCAACUACUUCAUCCCCCAGUGUAAUAUGUUUGAGCACCUCUCAGAUGAGGCGGCCGUGCUGCAUGCCCGCAAGCUGUCCUCCGUGCGCUCCGACCCUGCCGAGCACCUGCGCACCGCCAUCGAGCACGCCAAGGCCGCCAACCGGCUAAGCCAGGAUGUCCACCGGAGGGGCAGUGGCUCUGGCACGCCAUCCCCCUCCUCAGACACCGGUUCUGGGGACAACCGGCAGCCGGACGACCGACUGGCCAAGAAGCUGCAGCAGCUGGUGACGGAGAAUCCGGGCAAAUCCAUCUCGGUCUUCAUCAACCCAGACGACGUCACCAGGCCCCACUUCAGAAUUGAUGACAAAUUCUUCUGAGGCGAGAAUGGGACUCCUGUCCCAAAGCUGCUUCAGACCCCGCUGAAAGGACCAAUCCCCUUAAAAGCGCUUUUGAGAGCAGAGUGUGUGUCUAAUAAAAUACAGAACGUAUCUGGUACUGCCAGCACAUUGAAGAUUAGGUCCGUGAAGAUUGGACAG